AUGUCCCUUAGAGCUAGCCCUAGGUUGAGAGCACUUGGUCCCAAAACACCCUUGCCGGUGGUGGAGCCAUCGAGUAAAAAAAGGAAAAAAGGAAAAAAAGGGAAGAAGAAGCGCAAACUUGACAAAUACGUUUGCAAGACCUGCUCAAAAGAGUUCAGACGUCUGGGUCGCUACGAGAACCAUUAUGUGUUGCGGAAAUUCACAACCUUGCAUGAACUCCGGAAACACCAGCGCCUGACUAAGCUGGCGAUCUCGAACGGUGAACCCAACGAUCACGUCCCCGUCAAGUGCAAGCUGUGCCCCUUCGAGAUCAAUUCCAGGAGUGAGGGACGGCAGCACAAGCGCUCGCACAGCAGCAAAAGGCAGAAACAACGGCCUUACGUCUGCAGCCACUGCAAGGAGCGCUUCAGCCAACUCACCCUGCUGGGCGUGCAUGAGAGGAGCCAGCACUGCCAGACUUCCAACACAAGCAAGGAUUGCCCGAAGUGUCGGCACAUCUUCAGAACGGAAGCCGACCCUGAACAGGACAUGCCCUGCAGGCUUCAGCUCAUCCAUCAGAUACAUAGCUACUCCAAGACCACAAGCGUCCAUGCCUGCCACGUAUGUGGUAAGAAGUUCAAUAGCUCCUCAAAUCUCGGCAAGCACCUUGCCACCCACUUUGAUUUUGAUUUGCACAAGUGUGACUCCUGCCGGAUGGAGUUUGAAGACGAGCAAAGCUUGAAAGAGCACAAUUGUUCAAAGAAACUGGAGGCUCCCACUAAACCCAUUCUGGUGGUCAAGUUCGUGUCCCAGCCCCACGGUGGUGCCAAUCGGGCCAUGAUGGUACAGCCUGUCAGCACUUCGGAUAGCACCUAUGGAGAAACUAACCAACCAUUAAGCCUGGUCCACUGA